CGGUCAUCAUAUCGGCCAAUAGAAACAGUGGUUACAGGAUAAACAAAUUCAAACGUCUUUUUCAACUAAAACUUAAUUACAGCCCUUUCGCUUGUCGCUAACUUAAGCGUCACAAACUAAUCAGUUUCAUACGUCACAGAUCAAUCAAUUUCAAUGGGUUUUGUUUUCAUUGGAUGGCAUGGCUGUCGCAAAAGGGUCAUCACCUAGGAACAGCCCACCUUUCAGAAAUGGACUGGAGACAAAAGAAUACGAAACUUCCUUCAGACUUGCAGGAAGAAGUACCUAUCUCAGAAUCGAUCUCGAUGCCAUUCUACAUAAUGUCAGGACUCUACAAAAUCGGUGUUCCCCGAAUACGGACGUGAUAGCUGUGAUAAAGGGUAACGCAUACGGCCACGGCAGCGCCCAGGUAGCCAAACACCUAGAGGCUAACGGUGUCAAUCAUUUUGCCGUCGUCACACCCGGAGAAGGCGUCAUUCUGAGAAAAUCCAAAGUCGCCGGGUCUAUACAGUGUUUAGGAAAUGCUGUGGAAGAAGAUAUACAGCAACAGAUGACACACAAUCUCAUACCGACCGUGGCAAAUGUCGAGUUCCUUAAUGCGUGGGCCAGGGCCAAAACGGAAAUGAACAACGAAAAUGGCGAUGCUGUUCGGCCAGUGGUUAUCAAAGUGGACACGGGGAUGUCUAGGAAUGGUUGUCAGCCGAAGGAACUCCAGACUCUGUUAAAGGUGUGUGAAGACAAGGACAUCCCAGUGCACAGUGUGAUGACGCACUUCGCCCAGGCCUGGGAGGAUCACCAGUUCACACAGAAACAGCUGGACGCCUUCCUCAGUGUCACAGACUGCAUCAAAAAUAAAGACAUCAAGCGACACGUGGCCAACUCUGCUGCCAUCAUAAAUGGAUUCGGAACGAACCUUGACUUCGUUAGACCGGGCAUCUGUAUGUACGGACAGCCACCAGACACCAAUGAGGAGAGUAUGUCUAAAAUCCGGGCGCUGGGUCUCCGUCCUACGAUAUCGUGGAUUGCCCACCCUAGUCUAGUGAAAUCGCUAGAUCCAGGAACAUAUGUAGGGUAUGACAAGACCUACAGAUGCGCAACGAAGGAGACCAUCGCCACGUUCAGUCUAGGAUAUGCUGAUGGCUUCAGGAGAUGUCUCUCUGGCAAAUAUCAUUUCACUGAUCCAAAAGACACACUUCACCCGGUGGUUGGGAGAGUGUCCAUGGACGCCGUGACGGUUCGGCUCAACAAGGCUGUCCCGCUGACGACGCCAUUCUACGUCCUGCGAGACGACUACGACUCGUGUAACAGCGUGAGGCGGGUUGCCGCUCAGCUCGACACCGUGCCCUACGAGGUGCUUACUAGUCUGGACAGUCGGCUACCCCGCGUGUAUGUGGCUGGGGGAGCCAUCAAGUCCGUGGUGCGCUCAUGACAACGGAGGAAUAUACGAUUCGUGUGGAGAAGCAGAAGUCGGACGAACCAAUAUUAUAUCGCUCAAUUUUUAAUUAAUAUUAUUUAAUUUAUAUUUUUCUUUGUUAUUAAAAGUUUUUUGUUUU